AUGCAUUUGGCUAUAGUUUUAUUAGUAUCAAGUUGUGUUUUGUCUAGUUAUGGAUUUAAUUUGUUAAGAAAUCCUUCUCUGAAUUUUGGUAAAAAUGAUAUUAGUUUAACAAAAGCUGCUGAUAGAUUUACUAAUAGUUUUUCGCCUUCUUGGAAUAUGGCUUCUGGUAGUCCUUGGUCAAUUCCUCUAGUUUUAGGUGGUGGAGCAUCAGCCUUAAAUCAACAUAUAUCAAAAUUGGUGCAACUUAUGAAGGAUAUUGUGGCUAAAAUUGUUAAGUUACCAUGGACUUUACGAGAUAAAUAUUUAAAACGUUUGCAACAACUAAAUGAUAAUUUGGACAAUAAAAAGAACAGUGUUUAUCCAUCAAUUUAUCCGGAUCCAAAAGAACAAUAUAAAGGUUAUGAAGAUGAUGAUCAAGGUUAUGAAGAUUAUGAUCAAGAUCAAAGAGAUGACCCAAGUCCCUAUUCAAAUGAAAAACAAGAUAUUAAAGAUGCUCCUCAUAAACCUUCUAAAAGUCUAGAAAAUCCUGGAUCAAAUAAAUCUGGUAGAUCUGAUUCUGAAAUUAGUACAAAUAAAAAGUCAAACCAAGAAACCACAACAUUGGAAACAACUACUACAUCAAGACCAAUUGAAAGUUCUGAAGAAUCUGAAGAUACAAAAUCUGAAGGCACAGAAGAGCCUGGACAAGACUAUAAAAGUGCAUUACAAGAUUCCUCUGAGAGUCCAGAAAACCAGGAAGUGGAUAAAUCUGGUCAAAAUGAUCCUAAAACUGGUAAAAAGAAAGUAGGAAUCCCAGACAAAUCAACUACAACAUCAGAACAAAUUGAAACUUUAGAAAAUUCUGACGGCAAAGAAAAUGAUGACGACCAAAAUUCUUCUGAAGGUAAAAAUGAUGAUGACGACCACGAAAGUUUACAGACAUCACAUAAUAUUGAAGAAAAGGAUGAUGUGAAUAAAUCUGGCGAACAAGAAGAUAAUGUGGAUAACCCAGAUCAACAAAAGGCUAAAAAUUCUACUUCUGAAAGUCCCGGAGAAAGUAAUUCUGAUGAACUUAGUGUUAAAAUUGGUGCAGAACAGGAGCAAAACCAAGAAACUACUACAAAAAAACCCAUAAAGAAUUUGAAAAAAUCUAAAGACAAAAAUACUGGUAGUAAUCUAAAACUUUCUGAAGAUACGGGUACUAAUAAAAACCAAGAUCUUCCACAGGAAAAUAAUAAUGUUAUAAGACAGAUACCAGAAGAAUUUGAUGAAUCUGGUACAGAUUCUGGUGAACAAGUAGCAGAUACUCAAGAAUCAACUACUUUAGGAAGUCCUGCAAAUUUAAAUUCAAGUGCAAGUUUUGAAAAAGAUGGAGAAGAUGAUGACGUGGUGUCUACACCCAUAUCAAGUGACAAAAAAGUCAAAUCUUCAAAACAUCUAUUACAAGAACAAAACACAGAUGUACAAUAUUCAAAACAUAAUAUAAAAAUACAAGAUCAAGGUGUUAAAAAUGAAACUCAAGAUGGAAAAGUUGUACAUAAUGAUAAUCUUAAUAAUCAAAAUUCAAAUCGACAAAAUUUAUCUGACGUGUCUUCUGAAACUCUAGAAAACAAAGUACAGAAUGAUUUUGAUCAACUUAACACUGAAACUAGUAAAGAGUCAAAACAAAUUCAAAGCACUACUACAUCAAAACCAAUUGAGAAUUCUGAGAAAUCUGAAAGCAAAAAUACAGAUAAAAAUCCAAAAUCUACAGAACUAAGUGAUGGUACUAGAAAACAAAAAUUAGAAGAACAAGUUAAAUCUAGUAAAAAUUCUAGUAAACAAAAAAUAGACAACCAAGAUGGAGUUUCUAAACCUGCUAAAAUUCCUGUAAAUUCCAUCAAAGAUAAUGCAAAUAAUAACUUAGAAAACUCUGGUAAAUCUGAAAGCAAAAAUAUAGAUAACAAUCCAAAAUUUCCAAAAGCAAGUGAUAUGGGUACUGGAAAACAAAACUCAGAAGAACAAGUUGAAUCUGGUACAAAUUCUAGUAAACAAAAUAUAUACAAUCAAGACACAGAAUCAGAAACUAAUAAAAUUCCUGAAAAUUCUGUCAAAGAUAGUGAAAAUAAUAACUUAGAAAAUUCUGGUGAAUCUGAAAGCAAAAAUACAGAUGAAAAUCCUGGAGAACAAAAAUCAAAAGAACAAGCUAAAUCUGAAUCAGAAUCUAAUAGAAUUCUUGAAAGUUCCAUCACAAAUAAUGAAGAUGAUAACUUAGAAUUUCCACAAACUUUAAGUAAAAAAUCACAAAUUAAACCUAAAGAGGAUCCGUCAUAUGCAAAUACAAAUUUUACAGAACAAGGUACCAAUAAACAAAAUCUAGGUACAGAAACUGAUAAAAAUCUACAAAUAUUUUUGGAAGAAUCUCAAGCCAUAAAUAGUGAUGGUAACCAAAGCAAUUCAGUACCAUCAAAUGAUAAUAAAAAGCAAAAAAUAAGUGAAUCUAAUACAGAUUCUAGUAAUCAAAACGUGGAUAUCCAAAUUCCAAAUGCUACAGUUUCAGAUUCUAGUAAAAUUUCUGAAAAUUCUACCAAAGAUGAAAAAAAUAGUCAAGUUUUGUCUCCAUCUGAGUCAACUUCUGAACCAAAUAUCGAAUCUGAGGUAGAUUUAUCAACUGUACCUCCAAAGUUGAAAAAACAACAAGAUGAUGGUACAAAUAAUAAACAAGUUUUGUCCAACAAAAAAAGGAAUAAAAAUAAAAAAAGAAGUUCUUCUAAGAAAGCCAAAAAAAGAUCAAAAGCAAAUAAUGUUCCUACAAGUUCUCAGACCAAACAACCUUAUCAAAAUACUGGUGGCAGUGGAGCAUCACUUGCUAGAGCUUUUACUGGAUAA